AUGACGGCUGGCAAUGGGUUGCAUGCUGGGCUCUGCUUACGGGGGGUUGCCUCCUUCUCUCAGGGGGCCCGGUGCCCCCCGCCAUGGAGCCGUACGUGCUGCUGGACCCGCUUUUUCCAGAACCCCGUUUCCAAGCCCGAUCUGCUGUCCCGCCUGGACCACGGGGAUGAACCUACAGCCCUGGAUCUCCAUGUGCCCAGGGACACCCCGGCCGCAGAGGAUGGAGCAGGAGCAGAGCAGGAACCCCCUCGAGAAGAAGCUGCUGAGAAAGAGCCUGAAGUGGUGAAACCUGCGGGCGAGGAGCAUCCUUCGAGCCCCGCCGAGACUGGGGUGAAGGUGGGCAGGAGCAGGGGACUGGGGGAGACGGCCACGCGCCCGGGCGAGAGCCAACCCAGCAACACGUGCGGCGAGUGUGGGAAGAGCUUCAGCCACAAGUCAGCCCUGGUGAAGCACCAGAAGAUCCACACCGGCGACCGCCCGCACGAAUGCCCUGACUGUGGCAAGUGCUUCAUCCAACGCUCGGACCUCACGAGCCAUGGGGACCUGCAUCAACGGGGGUCCCAGCACCCCUGCCCUGACUGUGGGAAAAGCUUCGGGGCCUUCUCCAACUUGCUCCGUCACCAGCAGAGCCAUGGUGGGAACAAGCCCUACAAAUGCCCUGACUGUGGGAAGGGGUUCGGGCACAGCUCGGCGCUGGUGACGCACCAUCGCAUCCACACGGGCGAGAAGCCCUACCAGUGUGCCGACUGCGGCAAGAGCUUCAACGUGGUGUCCAACCUGGUGCGCCACCGGCGGAGCCACACCGGGGAGAAGCCUUACAAGUGUCCCGACUGCGGCCGGCGUUGCAGUCAGCGUUCCCACCUGGUGACCCACCGCCGGUUGCACACGGGUGAGCGCCCGUACCCAUGCCGGGACUGUGGGAAGAGCUUCAACGUCAGCUCCGAUCUCAUCAAGCAUCGCCGCACCCACACCGGGGAGAAGCCCUACGAGUGUCCCGACUGCGGGAAGCGUUUCAGCGGCAGCUCCAACCUCAUCACCCACCAGCGGCUGCACAGUGGCGAGCGGCCCUACACCUGCGCCGACUGCGGCAAGGGCUUCACCAUCAGCUCCCAGCUCAUCGCCCACCAACGGACGCACGCCGCCAGCCAACGCUUCAGCGAUCGACCCCACCUCGUCCGGCACUGCCGCGCCAGCCAGCGGGAGAAGCGCUACAAGUGCUCCGAGUGCGGCAAAGGCUUCACCACCAGCUCCUACCUCCUCACCCACCAGCGCAGCCACACCGGGGAGACCCCCUUCCUCUGUGGUGUGUGCGGCAAGAGCUUCACGGUGGUCUCCAACCUGGCACGUCACCGGCGCGUGCACACCGGGGAGAAGCCAUUUCGGUGUGGGGAGUGCGGGCGGCAGUACAGCCAACGGGCUCAUCUCACCACCCACCAGCGGGUCCACACCGGCGAGCGACCCUAUGUCUGCGGGGAUUGUGGGAAGGGCUUCAACGUCAACUCGUCCCUCACCAAGCACCGGCGGGGGCACACUGGGGAGAAGCCCUACCACUGCCCUGAGUGCGGGAAGAGCUUCAGCCAGAGCUCCAACGUUAUCACGCACCGGCGGCUCCACCCCAACGAUGCGGGAGAGAAACCUUUCAAGUGCCUCGAGUGCGGGAGAAGCUUCAUGCGGAGCUCGGACCUCAUCGUCCACCAGCGAACCCACACGGGGGAAAAGCCCUACCAGUGCCCCGAGUGCGGGAGGUGCUUCAACCGGAGCUCCAGCCUCGUGACGCACCAGAGGAUGCACACGGGCGAGAAAAUGUACGGGUGCCCCGAGUGCGGGAAAAGCUUCACGCGGAGCUCGACGUUGACCGCUCACCAGAGGACCCACACGGGAGAAAAACCCCACCAGUGCUGCCAGUGCGGGAAGCGCUUCAGCAAAAGGUCGAACCUCAUAAAACACCAGCGGCAACACACCGGAGAGAGACCGUACCGGUGCCCCGACUGCGGGAAAAGCUUCAUACAGAGCUCGGAUCUCAUUGUCCACCAACGAACCCACACGGGGGAAAAGCCCUACCAGUGCUCGGAGUGUGGGAAGUGCUUCAGCGUGCGAUCCAAGCUGAUUCAACACCAGCGCGUGCACACGGGGGAGAAGCCGUACGCGUGCGGCGAGUGUGGGAAGAGCUUUGGGCAGAGCUCGCACCUUUCUGUGCACCAGAAAACUCACAGAGGAGGGAAAUCGGUGCUCCAGGUGUGGAAGGUCAUUCAGUGUGAGAUCCUGCCUUCAGGAUGUGCCGCCAGAAGAACGAAGGAAGAGCCAAACCUGGAGCGCGAAAGCGCUGAGCGGGGGGGAGGGCACGGAGUCGCGGCAGCGAAACGGGAAGGAAACGUUUGGGAGAGCCCUCGGUGGGAGGCAGCUCCCGAGAGCGAGACGGGGCCGGAAGGGGAUAAACUCGUCCCUCACGGAGGAAACCAAAAGGUCCUCAAAGAAUCCAAAGCCCAGUACAGAACCGCCGCCAGGGAGAAGAAGUACACGUGCAACGAGUGUGGAAGAAGCUUUGGACAGAGCUCCAACCUCAUCGUGCAUCGGCGGAUCCACACCGGGGAGAAGCCUUAUAAAUGCCACGAAUGCGGGAAGUGCUUCAGGCAGAGCUCAAACCUCAUCGUCCACCAGAAGACUCACACGGGAGAAAAGCUCUACGAGUGCCCCAAGUGCCAGAAGUGCUUCCCAGACAGGUCGCUGCUCAUCAGGCACAAGAGGGUCCACGUAGGAGAAAAACCUUUUAAAUGCCAGCAGUGUGGGAAAAGCUUCAUUCACCAAUCGAGGCUUCUUGUCCACGAGAAGGUGCACGUGGGGGAACAACUCUACCAGUGUCCCGAGUGUGGGAAAUGCUUCAGGGACAAAGCAAAGUUCCUCCAGCAUCAGCGGCGGCACAUGGGAGAGCGGCGCUACAAGUGCUACGAGUGCGGGGAGGAGUUUGGGCAGAGCUCGGACCUCAACCUCCACCAGAGGAUCCACGUGGAGGAGAAGCUCUACCAGUGCUCCACGUGCGAGAAGUGCUUCAAGGACAGGUCCACCCUCAUCAGGCACGAGACGGUGCACACGGGAGAGAAACCCUAUAAAUGCCACGAGUGCGGGAAGAGGUUCACCCGCAGCUCGGACAUCAUCGUCCAUCAGCGGACGCACACGGGGGAGAAGCCCUUCCAGUGUCCCGAGUGCGGGAAGAGCUUCAGCCACCGGUCAAAUCUUUUCCGACACCAGAGGAUGCACACGGGGGAGAAGCCAUAUAAGUGCGAAGAGUGCGGGAAGCGCUUUGGGCAAAGCUCGGAGCUUAUCGUCCACCAGCGGACCCACACCGGGGAGAAACCCUACCACUGCUCCGAGUGCGAGAAGUUCUUCAGGGGGAGGUCGACCCUCUUCAGGCACGAGAGGCUGCACACGGGGAUCAAGCCGUACGAAUGCAGCGAGUGCGGGAAAAGCUUCGGGCAGAGCGGGGACCUCAUCGCACAUCAGCGUUUCCAUACGGGCGAGAAGCCCUACCAGUGCUCCCAGUGCCGAAAGUUCUUCAGCAACAGAUCCAGCCUCGUGCGGCAUCAGCGGCUGCACGCGGGAGAGAAGCCCUACAAGUGCCACGAGUGCGGGAAGAGCUUCGGGCAGAGCUCGGACCUCAUCGCCCACCAGCGGACCCACACCGGGGAGAAGCCCUACCCCUGCCCGGCGUGCGGGAAGCGGUUCGGUAGGGAAUCCAACCUUGCGUGGGACCUACCUCCCACUCCCGUUUAUCUCCUUAUCUCCCCCUUUUCCUCCAAAGACUUGCAGCUGCCCGUGGUGGCCACCAGGGCCAAGAUCUGCAGGAAGACCAUGGAAACGAUGGUCCACUGGGGCAGCCAAUAUGUCAUCGACAGCCAAAACUGA